GGGUUGACUCAUCCUCAUUCUGUUGUUCCUUUUUCUCAAUUGUUUCUGAAAAAAAAAAUGAAGCGAACUCGAUCUCAAACCAAAGAAAGCAUUUCCGUCUCCAAAUCAGAAUCCCUAACCGCUUCCUCUUCCAAACUCCCAUUUCGCGCCAAAAAGAUCCCAAGACUCCCCUCUUCCUCCAACAACAACAAGAACAAAGAAACCCUCAUUCCCGAAGAUUCAACACCACCACCACUACCCACUCCCAAACCGUUGACUUUUACAGGGGAAAUGGAGCUCGCCCUUCACCACCUCCGUGCCGCCGAUGUCACCCUCGCCGCCUGCAUCGACGCCUUCCCGACGCCGCACUUCCAUACUCACCGCUCUCCCUUCUUCUCCCUCGUCAAGAGCAUCAUCUCCCAGCAGCUCUCCAACAAGGCCUCCCAAUCCAUCGAGGACCGUUUCGUCGCCCUCUGUGGCGGCCCACACUCAGUUGGGCCUGACUCUGUCCUGGCUCUCUCGGCCCAACAGCUCCGCGGAGUCGGGAUAUCAGGGCCCAAAGCCACCUACCUGCAUGAUCUGGCAAGCAAGUACCGCGAUGGGCUCUUGUCGGAUUCGUCCAUACUGGAAAUGGACGACGAGACUCUCUACAAGAAGCUGACGAUGGUGAAGGGAAUUGGGCCUUGGUCGGUCCACAUGUUCAUGAUCUUCACACUUCACAGGCCCGACGUUCUGCCAGUUGGAGACCUUGUUGUUAGGAGAGGUGUGGAGCGGUUGUAUGGGCUGAAGUCAUUGCCUCAGCCUUCGCAAAUGGAGAAGCUUUGCGAGAAGUGGAAGCCCUAUAGGUCUGUUGGGUCUUGGUAUAUGUAUAGGCUUGUUGAAGCAAAAGGAAUAUUGCCAUUGCCACCACCAACAUCCCUACUUUGACUUAUUCAACUUUUUGCUCUUUUUUGUUUUGGGCCUCAUUAGGUAGUCCAUUAAUGAAACUACUUGGGCCUUCUUAAAGUGUACGAAGCUAAUGAAGGCUUUAUUGUUCUAUUAUGUGCCAGUAAUGAAACAUAUUAUCUUUCUUCA